ACACAUACAUACUUUUAUGCAGCUUCUCAAGCCAGAGAUAACUCCUCAUCAGUCAGAACCUGUAUGGUUCUUGACAACCCAAAACACAACGUACGUUGUCGGUGUAGAUAAAGAGACUGGCGUUGUAUUGAACGCGUAUUGGGGACCAAGACUUAUGUUCUUUACCGAUAUUGAAUAUCCUAUCAAGCUGCCUGAAACAGGCAGAAGUUCGCAAGACCCUGCUAUUACCUCGGCCAACGAAGAAUACCCUGCAUUUGGUGGACUUCGGUAUGGUCCUGAUGUCUUGCGUGUCAAGUUCGAAAACAAUACCCGAGAAUUGGAUUUGAUUUAUGUCUCUGGCGAAGUUCGCAAUCAUUUAGAAUUAGUGAUCACAUUGGUCGAUAGAACGCAUAAAGAUUUCCGUGUUGAGCUGAAUUAUACCAUAGAUAUUGACAAUGAUUUAAUCUUGCGUCGUGCUACACUUGUGGCCUAUGGCCACAGCGAGAAAUUUCAAGUAACAAAGGCCCACACGGCCGCAUGGUAUAUUCCUCCUAUUACUUCUUCUUGUCAUCGAGAAUUAGUAACACUUGCAGGUGCUUGGUCAUGUGAGACUCAGGUACAGAAACAUACAUUGAAACCAGGUACUUCUCAUGUACUUGGCUCAACAAGGGGUAUUCCUUCUCAUCAAGCCUAUCCAUGGUUUGCUGUCAAAGAUCAAGACGAUGGAGAACAUGCGAACACUCAAGUUUAUUUUGGCACCUUGGGGUGGAGCGGCAAUUGGCAGAUUGAAUUGCACACAGAUAUUGAGGGCAGGCUUGUAGUAACGGGUGGUCUCCAUGAUCACGACUUUAGUUGCUCCCUAAAGGACACCACCCUAGAACUACCUACUUUUGUUGCCGGCUAUACAGCAGAGGGGCUAUCUGGUGCACGUCGUUCAUUAGCUAAUCAUAUCAGAACGAACAAAUCAAGAGAAUUCAUCAAGGACCCUAAAGCAUUGGCUCCUGUGCUUUACAAUGGUUGGGAGGCUUAUGGCUUUGAUACUAAUCUAAAGAAUCAAAUAGAAAUGGCUACUAAAGCAGCUGCUAUGGGUGCUGAAUUGUUUGUUCUAGACGAUGGGUGGUUUCAUAAACGCAAUUCAGAUCGCGCGGGUUUGGGAGACUGGUUUGCUGACCAUGAUAAGUUUCCUGAGGGCCUUAAGCCACUUGCAGACCAUGUUCACAAACUAGGCAUGAAGUUUGGCGUCUGGUUUGAACCCGAAAUGGUAAAUCCAGAUUCUAAUCUGUAUCGCGAUCAUCCUGAUUGGGUCUAUCAUUACCCUGAUCGUAUUAGGCACCUUGAAAGGAACCAGCUUGUUCUCAAUAUCACAAAGGAAGAAGUAAGAACACAUCUUAUCGAGCGCAUCGUGUCUUUAGUUCAGGAAGUAGGCAUUGAUUACAUAAAAUGGGACAUGAAUCGUCCCAUUUCUGAAGCAGGUUCCUCAUUGGGAGAGGCUGUCUGGAUAGCUCAUGUCAAUUGCUUUCACUUGAUGAUCAUGAAAAUCAAGUUAUCUACCAACCUUGUAGCUAUUGAGACUUGUUCUAGUGGUGGUGGAAGAGCAGACCUUUCUAUCCUUAAAAAGGUAGAGUCAUGCUGGCCAAGUGACAAUACUCGCCCUGAUGCACGCCUCCAUAUUCAAUAUGGAUCUUCUUUUGUGAUUCCAUCAGACUCUAUGAGCUGUUGGGUUACUGACAUGCCUCUUGACGACCCAUACGCAUUGUUCCCCAUCUCAUAUCGAUUCCAUGUUUCUUUCAUGGGUGCUUUAGGUAUUGGUUCUUUCUUGAAUAGACUCGAUCAACAACAAUUCGAAGAAUACAAACACUGGAUUGCCUUGUACAAGGUUCUUCGCCAUGUUCUCCAAAAAGGGAAUCUGGACUGGCUCGUGCCACCUUCUAACUCGCCUUCAAGUUAUACAGCUGUCACCCAAACCAAUACAGCAACAGGAAACGAAUCUGUCGUCUUGGCCUUUCGACAACAAAGUCCAUUUUGGAUACCUUUACAUCCUGUUCGGCUUAAACGAUUGAUUGCAUUUGCCAUGUACGAUGUAACGAUAUGGCACGAGAGCCCCUUAUGUUCUGUUUAUAAUGGAGCCUUAUCUGGUGCUGCACUUAUGCACAAAGGGCUCGAUCUACCAUAUUUGACGUCCAAAGCCUACAGUAGUGUUGUUAUCCAUAUUAAGCAGAAGCUAUAAAUACUUAAGGAAAAGAGAGGAUCGUGUUAGAAAAAAGAUUUAUUAUUUAUAGUAAACGGAGUAAAAUUAUCUCGUUGUAAGCGCAUCAUAUAUACAUAAUAAAAUGU